GCGGGCGGUAGCUGCUCUGCGCUCGGUUCAACCCUCCGAGCUGCAGCGCUAGUACGGUCUACGGCCGGGUACGUUAGCGUUCUGCCCCUCUGAACACACAGGGAGAACAUAUACACUUUAGCAAAAAAAACAACAAAAAAAAACAAAUAAAAAACAAAACAGCCCCAACCCGCAGCCAUGGCGGCCGAGACCGAUAAGGUAGAGCCUGCGGACAGCGAACAAGACGAGGAAGAAGAUGUAUACGAGGUGGAGCGGAUCAUUGACAUGCGGGUGGAAGAGGGGGAAGUGCUCUACAGAGUCCGUUGGAAGAAUUAUUGCUCUGAUGAUGACACUUGGGAGCCAGAGGCCCAUUUAGAAGACUGUCGCGAAGUCCUUUUAGCAUUUAAGAAGUCGUUGGCUGAUGCUAAGGCCAAGAAAGAAGCAGAAGCCAAGAAGAGCGUGAAACUGCUGCCUACAAAGAGUGACGUGUUCGAUGCGGACUCUGAGAGUGAUAGCGAUAAAGACCGUCCAGCUGAUGCACCUCUAAAGAAGAAGAAAAAGAAAAAGACCCGGGAGGAAGAAGAUGAACCACUUCCAAAGGACAAAAAGAAGAAGAAGAAGAAAGACAAACGGAAGGAGGAGGUCAGGCCUCUGCCUGCACCAGAGACAGACGAAGAAGAAGAAGAAGACGAAGAAGAAGAGCGGGUCGCUACUCCACCCUCACCUCCCAAGGAGAAAAAGACUGAAUCAAAAAAGCGUUUGGUUGACUCUGAAGAGGACGACGAUGAGCCUGUUCCCUCCAAAAAACACAAAAGGGAAAAGGGAAAAGAGGGAGGAAAGCAUAAGAAAGAAAAGGGAGAGGAGGGGAAGAAAAAGAAGGGGAAAAAGGAACGCAAGAUUGAAACCUCUGAAGAUGAGGCCACUGCACCUCUGGAAGACGACCUGAGUGACGGCCCAUCAGAGUCCCAAAUGGACGAUACAACAUCAACAGAGACUGUAACGAAGUCAGCCGAAAAGGCACAUUUGGAUGAUAAGUCCAAACAAAAGAAGGGAAAGUGGGAAGUAAAGCUGCAGGGCAUUAAGGACCUCAUCCAUGACAAAAAGAGCAAAAAGCCAGACGGCGCUCAAAAAGAAAGCAGCCUCCAAAAGCUGAAAAGCCUCACCUCUAAAGGCAAGGAGGAGAAUGCUCCACAUUCAGACUCAAGUGAUAGCUCCACCCUACAUAAGAAAGCGAAAAGCAAAGGGCAGGAGAGCGCAUCAGCACCACCCAAAGUCCUGUCUUCUUCCACAUCGUCAUCAUCCUCGUCUUCUGUUACAGCAGCUAGCAACACCAAGGUUAAGGAGGAGGAGGUGGCUAAAGAAGAGGUAUUGGGACAGAAGGACGCCACAGGCUCCACUAACCUGUUUGAGAAGUUCCUGUUGAAAUGUGAGGCCAAGGAUCGCGCCCCCCGCCGGCAACCAGUUCAUCAGCCCCCUGCGGAGAAGAGCAGCAGCAAAACCACAAAGAUGAUAGGAAAGAUUGAGAAGAUCCCCAAGCCAAACAAAGACUCUCCAGCUCAGAAACCGGAGCCUGAGAAGACAGAGAGGACCAAGCAGUCUGAUGUCCCCAGACCUGGCCAGAGUUACGGCUUCAACCUGGACAGUGAUGAGAGGGAAGGAGAAGAAACUGGGGCAAAGCCGAGGACUGGAGACGAUUCCCGGGAGCGGAGGGAGAGGCCGGAGGAGGCGCAGCGGCCGGGCUGGGAAAAGAGAACCCCAACGGACGACAGGAGGAAAAGGAGAGAGGACAGCGAGCCCAGACUCUUAAUGGCUUGUGAUGACAAUCAGGACACCCAGGAACCACCAGAGGGCGCUGACAAAUCUGACAAGGGCCAAGCCACUUUGAGUCUUGGAAUGGACCUCAACCUGGACUGGAUGACUCUGGAUGACUUCCAGAAACAUCUGAACGGAGAGGAUGAGAUCCUGUCAGGUCCACCGUUAUCACCCAGUGAGUUGCGGGAUGCUGUGAAAAGUGGAGAUUACAUGGCUGUAAAAUUGGCACUUAAUUCCAAAGAGGACUACAAUCUGGACCAAGAGGCGUGUACUAUUGGUGAGAAGAGGUCAUUUGAAGGAGAGAGGAACUUGAUUGAAGAGAGAAGUUCGAAUGAUGCUCUUAGGUUGACUUCUAAACUUGACAGUGCAAGAAAUGAAGAGGGUACUCCAAGAGUAAAAGAGAAUAUCCUACAAGAUUUGGAUGGUCCAAAAGAUGUUGAAAAAAUGCCAUGCUACCCUGCCAGUACAAACACUGAGCAAGUGACAAUGAGGGAACAUGAAAAGAUCCAGAAAGGUGGGAAGGAUAUAACUGAACUCAAAAACACUACUUGUGAUUCAGCUACCGAGCUGGAAAGUAAAGGAAAGGAAGACGAGAGGAAAGCAGACGAAGACGAGAUGUCAGUUGACACAAAAGGUGGUUUAUCAAGUGAAAUGAGUUUGACCUUUGAUAAUUCCAAUCCAACCACAAAUGCAGAAGGGAUGCUGACAAGGGACAAUGAAAAAACAGAGCAAAAGGGCAUAGCUGACAAACAAAAUUACUCCAAGGAAGCAAAUGACUCAAACAAUGAGGCAGAGGAUGGGGUGACAGGUCAUUCAGACAGUACAGAUCAUGUUAUCUUUGAAUCGGUCACAAAGGAGAUUACUAAAAGGCGAUCACGGCGCGGGAGGAAAACUCUGGAGAAGAAACAACCAACACGAUCAAGUCAAAGGACCUGUAAGAAAGUGCUUGAAACAACACCUAGCCCAGCGGAUGAUGAGAAAAAAGAUUCAUGCAAGAAGCACUUCUGUUUAUAUUGCAAAAUGGCUUUCACCCAACUUGCAAAGCAUUUGGAAAGGAAACAUGCAGAGGAAACAGAUGUUGCUCAUGCAAUACACUUUCCCAAAGGUUCUAAAGUCAGACAGACAUUGCUUGACCAGAUUCGCAAUAAAGGAGAUUAUGAGCAUAAUUGCCAUGUUCUCAAAAGUGGUGAGGGGGAAAUUGUGACCAAGAAACAGGUGAAAAAUCCCACCAUAUCUGUUCGUGACUUCUUGCCCUGCCAGCACUGCUUUGCUUUUUAUCGCAAAACUGACUUAUGGAGACAUGAGCGGUCAUGUAAGGCCAGAAAGGGAGAUCAGAAAUCCUCUGAAAGGACAAAAAGAGGCAGAGUCCACAGUGCUGCCUCACAGCUGCUUCCAAUGUCAGAGUUCUUAACCGGAGGCUGUGAGGAAAUCAUCCACAUCAUGCAUCAAGAUGACAUCUCAAGGCAUAUCAGAAAUGACCCCCUUAUUUGUAAAUAUGGCAAUGCAUUGUCUGCUAAGUAUGACCACGACAAGUCUCAGUUUGCUUAUAUCGCACAAAAGAUGAGGGAACUGGGUAGAUUUGUGCUCGCUGUAAAUGGACUUGACAAGAGUGUGAAGUAUUUGCAUGAAAUAUGUUUACCAUCCAGAUUUGAAUUGGCUGUUGAAGGGGCCAAAAGAGUUAGUGGUUUUGAUCCCAGUUCUAGUAAGUUUAAAACCGUUUCCCUUGUCUCAAAGAUUGGCUACUCUUUGAAACGAGCUGCAGAAAUAGCUUUUGGGGAAAGUCGCAUGACAGAGGACAGUGAAAGUGAAAGUGAAGUGAAAAAGUUCAUACAGCUUCUUGAUACAAAAUGGACUGAGUGUUUUUCUCGCAAAGCUCUUGCAUUAUCUCUAAAGCAAGAUGUCAAAAAAGUGGAACUAGACAAAUCAACUGUGACAGAAGAUUUGAUAAAACUCCACAGUUUUAUAAUAGGUGAAGAAGAUGAAGCCAGGAAGGAGCUGAAAGAGAGUCCUAGUUUGUCCACGUGGAAAAAGCUCAGCGAGGCCACUCUUGCAGAUGUGUGUCUGUUCAACAGAGGAAGGGUAGGAAAUAUUGGUAGAAUGCUCUUACAAACUUACACUUGCAAAAAGAGGAGUGGAACAUUUGUGCCCUCUGCAGAUCAGAUAAGGAAAAGCACAAAAUUGGAGCUGGACCUUGGUGCCAGUUUCACCAGAUUGGAACUAGAAGGUCAGUAUGGAAGGAACAUGCUGGUUCUCCUAACAGAAAGGAUGGUUUUGUCAAUCGACUUACUCAUUGAAAAUCGAGAACAAGCGGGUGUGUCAAAAACUAAUCCAUACCUGUUUGCACGGACUGAAGGUCCCUCCUUCAUCCGAGGAUUGGAUUGUUUCCGAAGGGCUGCAAUGGAAUGUGGAGUUAAAAACCCAGAAGCACUUCUGUCCUCAUCAUUAAGAGAGCAAAUUGCCAGCUGCUGGCAGCUAAUGAGCCUAAAUGAAUGUGAAUUGGACCAAGUAGCUAAGCUGGUAGGACAAAGCAGCCAGGAAUGUUACAGGCUCUCAAAAAAUGCAUCACAGCUGGAGGAAGUGAGCAAACAACUGCUCAAGAUGGAUCGCACACUGCCAUCAAGUUCACCCAGCACUGCAAGAGAUGGAACUGUACAGAAGCCUGCUUUAAAGAGAAGACCUUGGAGUGAGAAGGAGCAAGCUGCAGUUAAGCGUUACUUGAGUGAAUUUAUCACAAGUAUGAAGGUUCCAGGCAAAAAGGAGUGCAAUGCUUGCAUAGCUGCUGAACCAGAUCUUGUUGGAAGAUCUUGGACAGAUGUCAAAAACUAUGUACACAACACACUACAGACAAUACGAAGGAGAAAUAACCAGCAUAAAUCAGAAGGGAAUGUAAACAUUUUAAAUCCAAAGAGUCCUAAAGCUGGGGUCCAAACCACAAAGAAAGAUUUUGAAGAUGCAAACGUUGUCUGUAGUAUGACAACAGUGCAUCCCGAUCACCUGAGAGAAAGUUCAAAUUGUUGUAUGAUAAUGGCACCACCAACAAACUUGAGAGAAUCAUCAACACCAUUCCCCCAAGAGAUUACUUCAAGUUAUGCGUCCUUGUGUUCUACUAGUACAAAUAUGGUCCAUACAAGUGAACCAUUGAUUUCUACAUUCACACCAUUGAAUGCUACUGAUACACAAGUGGUUCCUACAUUUACUCCACACAACACUACAAAUGCACUAAUGCCUCCUGCAUACACUUCAGAGAAUAACCAGAUUCUAUCAAUGUCUCCUUCGUAUACACAGAAUGCCGCAAGUAUGCCACCCCCUUCUGUGUAUACACCACAGGACACUACAAGUUCACCAAUGAUUCCUACUUUUAGCCCGCUGAAUUCUCCAAGUACCUCAAUGGUUCCUACGUUCACAUCAUUAAAUACUCCAAGUGUGCCAAUGGUCCCUGCAUUCUCUCCACUGAAUGACAGAAAUAGGCCUAUUGUUUCUUCAUUCACACCUCUUAACCAUUCGAGUACACCAGCUUACCCCACAAGCCCACCUAGGGCCCCUACAACCGCACAGGUUGUCCCAACAAUCCAUGGACCCAGUGUUCCUGACAGAGCACCAGUGGUACGGGAGGGCACACCCAUGUCCAAUGCAGGAAGACGAGUCACUCAAGCUGUCAAGCCUCAAAAGAGAAACAAGAGGUUGUGGAGUGAAGAGGAACAGGCAGCGGUGAGGCGUCAGCUAGGAGACUUCUGUAAACUGGUGAAAGUGCCAGGCAAAAAGGAUUGUGAUGCAUGUUUAGCUGCUGAACCUGCCUUGAACAGCAGGACAUGGAGGGAAGUCAAGUAUUUUGUACAUAACUCAAUUCAGUCAAUGAAAAGAAGAGGGCAUGCAGUCGCCUCCAAACAAAGUGGAGGACAAGAACCAGAGACUCAUAAUACAAACACAGAUUGGGAUGGUCCCGUUUAUCUGUCCCUGUAAAUAUUUGUAAUGGACAUGCUAGAAAACAGUUAGUGAUCAGUGAGACUCUGGAGGUGUCUGAGGACUAUGGCUUUAACCUCUUGUUAUAUGGAGCUUAAAAAUUCAGCAGAUGUGAAUUGUUGUAAAAUGUACUGUCAGUGAACCUUGGUCUCAGUAGCCAUAUGGAUCUUGACAACGUUUACUGACUGCCCUGCCAUUCUUUGAACCACAAAUUUUAAAACGGUCCUUAAGUAUUCAGAAUCAAGUCCACCAUACCAAGCUGUUAGUGUACUGUUGCAUGAAUAUACACUAAAUGGGUGGAACUACGAACAUUUGUACUGUAGCUCUGGCUCAGAAAAAAACAGAUAUUAAUGUUUAAUAUGGUUAGAUUGCGUAUACAUAUGUAACACAGUCAAUUAUAUAACAGUCAAUUUGUCAGAUCAUCACAGUUUAUCUCUAGGAAGUGUUCUAAUUUAGAUAUGUGAUCAUUUAGUAAAUAUGAACCUCAUUUUUGCCAGGAUUUGCGACCUGCCAUCAGUCAUUGGCUGUGGCAAGGAACCACUGUGCCACCCCAACACGCUUUCAGAAUUUUAAACACAAUAUUCAUGAAAACUGUGAAAGCAAUGGCUGAAUUGUUUGGGACUUCCUAGCAACCGUGACAAGGGCAUUUCCCACCCUGCACUGAGCAAAGUUAGCUUUCGGGACUGUACAUUUCCAGAGGGAUUUUUACUGUUCUUUACUUCAAAACUUACUUAGACAACAAUCUUUCUGCCUGCACUGUUUUCAGUAGCAUUUUUAAGAAUUUUGAUGAUCAAAAACCUACCAGCAAAUCUUUGCAGCCAAUCCCUCCAAACAUGAUAGAUGUACGUUGACUUGCUUUACAUAAUUCCUGAAUGCCUGACCCAACUGUACUAUGUUCUUGCUUUAGCCAGUAGCCUAUAUUGUAGAUGGCCCCUGGUAGCCCCCAGCAGUAAUGGCAUACCCUCCUUGUGGAUGUUAGAGAAUUAGGAUCUCAUUGUGUAUACCUCUCACUUAAAUAUUAAAAACUUUUUUUUCUUCUUCGACGAUCCUGUUGAUGAAUGUUCGUUAUCUUCAUUCAUAUGUUGUUUUUUUUUUCUUUUUCAUGUGUAUUAACAAGCUGCAGAAAGGUUUGGUUGUAUUUUUCUAUCACUAUAUAGCAACUGUAUAGAACAUUUUAGUACUUUAUUGUAUUUGAUGUACUCUAAUUUGAGGUAAAAUACACUGCAUUGGUCUCAUUUCUUCUACUUAGUUUUAAGCUUUUAUUAUCUGGAUGUUUGUGAUAUUAAUAUCCAGUUGCAAAGAUCAGAUUGCCUUAUUGUUUUGACUAUUGGCUUGAUUACAAAUUUUUUUUGUAUUCAUGUUGAUUGCAUCUAACACACAACAUAUGAAAUAUGAUCUUGAAAAUUGUUGUGAGUUGUUAAUCGUGUUAAUCACGGCUAACCGCGAUGACCAGUUAACCCACAUUUUUUUUGUACAAGUGAAGCAUUACUACAAUUACAACAAUGGCAAUGACAUUCCUUUGCAUUUUUAAUAUAGAGGGAUGGUUAUAGCUUGGUGAAAUCAAACAUACCAUACCAUGCUACACAUUAGGCAGUGGAUGAAAAGGAUUAUUGUUUCCCUGUGGAACAAGAUGGUAACUACAUUCAGAUUUUCUUAUUAUUAUCACCUUUAACUAAAAAUGCCUUUUAGUAAUUACAAAGAAAUUACACAUUUCAUUUUAAGUACAACUUAGUUUAUAUAUUUUACCUACAAACCCUGUUUAAGGUUUAAAAGAGAAAAUUCAACACAGGUUCAACCUGCAUUUACCAAUAACAUACUGCUGGUCACAUGCUUUUCAAAAAUCGGUCACUGCAGUGUGUAUUUUACACUGGAUAUUCAACAAGAGCUGUGGACGAUGUGUUGUUUGGUCAGGUCAGUUGACUUUGUAGUUGUCUUCAUUAGGACACAUAAAAAGAAAAUUGCAGCCCAGUUAUUUUUAAAAAAAAAAAUUUUGUGAUCAAAAGGAGCAGAAAUUAUGGUUACGAGUUUCAGACAGCACUGCUAUUUGUCAGGGACAAAAGCUUUUGUGUUGUCCUCAGUAGCAGCUGUAGAUUAGCCAGUGUUCACCCUUUCCUUCCAGAUGUAUUAGUAAAGACAUUGGUCAGAUAACCCAUUUUCACUUUUCACACCAAUAGCAAACUGUUUUUUCCUGUGUCGUAGCGUCAGUGUGAAAGGGGUAUAUCUGUAUUGCAGUAUAUACAUCAGUUAGAGUUGCACUCCAGGUACAGUUUUAUUUGGAAAAUAAUUCUGUGGAAGGUCUACAAAUGAGGCGUGUGCAUUCAGACACUACCAUUGCUGUUUGAUGUUUCAAAGCAAAGGGAUUUUUUCUCUUUCAUUGCUCUUGUAUACACAGUGUGUGUUACUCUUCAUCCUGUUGUAAUUACGUUGACUUCAGUUAAUGCUUCUUAUCAAGUAUUGUAAGAACCGUAUAACUUCUGCUUGUACAAUAAAAUGCUCCUUGGCUUAAAAUUUAAAUAUUUUGU